CAAUGGAAUACGGUUGCCCGUUCUAUCUCCAGUUCGUUUCCCCACGUGGCUUCCACGACCAGUUGAAUCCUGAGGCUUGAAUGUUGCCUGAAGAUAUGUCUUCUGAUGUGCGAUUAGUUCACAUCAAAGAGCCUGGGAAGCAGAAUAGCAAAAUGAAGAAUCUUUGGAAAAGACAGGCGUCAUGGUCGACCCAAAGCGAGCGUUCGCCAAACAAGAGGCCACGGCUGCGUCGUCAACCAUGGGACGAUCAGGCUCUCUUACGUCGGGGUGGGAUUCAGCCUCCUUCUGAUUUCUUGCUUGGAGGGAACAUCAAGGAUCCUCUGAAUCUGAGCAGCUUGCAGGAUGAACAUGUGAAUCGGGCUGCCAACGCCACUCCACGGUGUUCACCGAUGACAACACCCAGUCAUAAGAAAGAGGAAGUGGAGGUUCUCAUACCAAUCAACAUUAAUGAUCCCCUGAACUUAGAUUCCAAUUAUUCUUCCCCUAAUAAACAGAGGAAGCAUAGUGGUCGGAGGCCCAACAAACGGAAACGGCCCAGCAUGGAAUUCAUGGGUUGUGAUAGUGAACAACCUAAACCUACUAUUAUUGGCAAACGAGUGAGAGCAAUGAGUGAAAGUGAUGUUGGAUGCCUGAGGGCAAUGACAUGUCGUGUGAUCUCUAAAAGUCAGCUUUCAGUUGCAUCCUGCAUUCAGCCAAAGCCUGAAUCCAGUGUCAUCAUCACCAUUUCCUCUGCUGAACCAACAGAUUCUGAUAAACCAAAAGUUGAAACUCCUUCUCCAAGUUGUUCUCAGCCAAAACCAAGACCACAACCCACGGAACCUAAAGUACAGCCAGUGAAGGAAGUGUUUCGGUAUGGGAAUUACCUUCGCUACUAUGGAAAGCGAAAUGAGAAAGGUGCCCUUGAUGUUCGCCUGUCGUGUUUUCUGAAGGACUGGUUCAAAGGUAAAGAUGUUCUUGAUAUUGGGUGCAACAUAGGGCAUAUAACAUGGAGUAUUGGCAGAGAUUAUGCUCCUCGGAAGAUUGUUGGCAUUGACAUUGACAACCGUCUCAUCAAGAUUGCCAAGAAAAACAUGCGACAUUAUCUGCCUCCUUCUGGAAAGCCUUCAGAAAGUUUCCCAAAGAGUUUUGUGAAGAUGUAUGGGCGACUGGAUGCCCCAAAUAUCCCAAUGCCUACCAAGAUUGGUGAUGAUAUCCAGUUUCCAUACAAUGUGUCCUUUGUUGCUGGGAAUUACAUUGGAAAAGGUGAGGAAAUACUAGAGAGGACGAAGGCAGAAUAUGAUGUCAUCCUGUGCCUCAGCAUUACCAAAUGGGUGCAUCUAAACUGGGGGGACCAAGGGAUCAUGCGCCUCUUCCAUCGUGUGUUCAAGCAUUUGCGUCCAGGAGGGAAAUUCAUCCUGGAACCGCAACCAUGGCACUCCUACCACAAAAGGAAGAAACUCAGUCUGGAGAUCCAAGAGACUUUCAAGAACCUCCAGAUCAGGCCAAGAGAUUUCCCUGAGAUUCUGCUGAAGCAAGUGGGAUUCUCGGCCAUGGAAUCCAUUGGAUAUCCGAAGCACAAGUCUCAGGGAUUCGAAAGACCUCUUCUUAUGUUCUUCAAGGAUGAAGAGGAUAAAGGCAACUCAUCUCGCACUCCUACCAUAUCAUUGGCCGCUUCUGUGGAAGUGGAUCCUUUGCAAGCAGGAAGUGAACAUUCAAAAACAACCUCAGAGGAUGGACAGGAAGGCCUCACCAAGGAUGCAAAUGUUGUGACAAGGACUCAAAGACUUAUGGACCUCCAGAAUUCGAACGAUGGAGGAUGA